GCAGAGUCAAGGGGAAUAUAUCGGACUACUAUAACAGUUCUCGGCUACAGCGCUCUGGUAUCAACUCUGCGAAGAUGUCAUCCGCGCAAUUUUCAAACACCACAAAUAUGGCGAACUAUUCUAUACUCCACGACGAUGUAGAAGGCGAAAGUAUGUCAACGAAGACAAUUCGCAUUGUUGGGUAUGUUGUCUUGUUCAUUUUGGGUGUUUUUGGGAACUUUAUGGUGAUUCUUGCUGUGAGAAACCCGAAAAUGAGAACUGUCACCAACGCAUUCAUCGCAAAUCUUGGUCUUGCGGAUCUCCUGGUCGUUGUAUUCAACAUCCCAAGCGUUGUGACGUAYGCGCAUUUGUGGCAGUGGCCGUUUGGUGAGGCGUUAUGUAAAGUUCUUCCAUUUCUUCAGGGGUUAACCCUGAAUGCAUCGGUGGGGACGUUGAUCGCUAUAGCAGCAGAYCGGUAUUGGCAUAUUGUACUCUUCAAGCGAAAGAAAAUCCCUUUACGCCAUGCGUAUAAGAUGAUAACAAUGAUUUGGGUGUGUUCGUCUCUGAUUCCUUUACCCCUGCUGAUAUACUGCAAGGUUCUGGUUAUAACGGUCAAGAACAUUGAGUAUGUCCUGUGUGAGGAGGUCUGGCCCGACAUGACAUCAAGACAAAUCUACACGAUGGUCAUAUUCCUUGCUUUGUACCUCUUCCCUCUUCUCGUCUUGUCUUGUUUAUACUUUAUUAUAGCUCGCUCGUUGAAACGCCAACCAGUUGUUCCAAGCUCAAGGCRGGAAGGAUCCAAAAGAGAGGCUCAAAAACGCAUUGUGCGCAUGCUCGUUGUGGUUGUCAUUCUUUUUGCAUUCUGUUGGCUUCCUUAUCACGCUGUUUUCCUGUACAUCGAUUUCUUUCAGCCAGUUCGUACCCAGUCCCUCGUGACUGCGAUUCUGCUGUCUCAAUGGUUAGUCUAUGCGUCCAGUGUCUGCAACCCUGUUGUUUACGCCCUUCUAAAUCCAAACUUCCGACGAGAGUUUUUUGAAAUGUUAUCGUCUUGUAAAAAAAGUCAAUAUCUGUGUCAUUGGUGAGAUAUCAUGUCGUGCAAAGGUUGSAUCAUCGGAAUCUAACAGUACAAACUCUGCCAGUUAUAUGUAUGAAAGCUCAGUCUAAAUGACAAUUGACAACAAACACGAUCGAGAACUUACAUAUAAAUGUAAAUAUGAACAACUGUUUCAAAACCAAGUAAAAGAUGUACAUAACCAAACAGAACARCAAAAAGAAAGRCWUCAAAAGACUGGCAACACCCAAUAAAGAGAUGGAAAUUAUUGACRAGACUCAAGACGACGAACAAGAAGGGUCGGUAGCGACAACAAGAAGAUAGAUCAKRUCAACAAGGACAGCCGGACGACCGUGAUGGAGAUAACAUACAACAAUAACAGUCUAAUUUCCACGAUGAAUGCUAAAGAGAYAAAACAACAUCAACUAGACGCUUKAAAAKCGUGAUGCGGACUAGCUUAGCAAAAGAUUUUCAAUACAAGAUAAAAUUGUAUCUCCAAUGAA